AUGAUCACGGACAUAGUCAUGGCCAUGGCCAUGGGCACGGGCAUGCCGGGCUUGCGACACAGAUCAUCUCCUUAUCCCAUGCUGUCAGUGGAAGAUGCUCUAGCGUUGAUUCAGCAAAAUACUCCCGCACCAGAAAUUGUGACCACCAAAGUCGAUACACAUCUAGUUGGGUCAGUGCUUGCGGAAGAUGUGAAAGCCAGAGAGAAUGUCCCAGCGUUUCGCGCAAGUAUCGUAGACGGAUAUGCCGUCGUGGUGCCGGAAGGUGGCAACAUGAAGGGUGUGUUUCCUGUGACUGCCAUUUCUCAUGCUGCUCCAGGAGAAGUGAAGCCUUUGAAGGAGGGUGAGAUUGCGAGAAUUACUACCGGUGCUCCUUUACCACCAGGAGCUACCUCCGUCAUCAUGGUCGAGGAUACUGUCCUCAAGAGCAAAACUGAGGACGAGAAGGAGGAAAAGGAGGUCGAAAUCCUUGCCGACAAUGUCAAGGAAGGCGAAAACAUCCGCGAGAUAGGAAGCGAUAUCAAGCAGGGUACUACCAUUCUUCAUAAAGGAGAGCAGGUAUCUGCGGUAGGGGGCGAGAUUGGUGUUCUGGCAGCUGUAGGUGUCGCUGAAGUCAAGACAUACCGACGCCCCAUAAUCGGUAUUUUGUCGACAGGUGAUGAAAUCGUGGAACAUAAUCGACCCGAAGACCUACGUCUUGGUGAGGUCCGCGACACAAAUCGUCCAACCCUGAUCUCUGCUGCGAAAGAAUCAGGUUACGAAGUUAUUGACCUCGGCAUCGCUAGCGACAAGCCAGGGACACUGGAGGAGACCUUGAGGGAUGGCAUGAGGCGCGCGGAUCUGCUUAUCACCACUGGAGGUGUUUCCAUGGGCGAGCUGGAUCUCCUUAAACCCACGAUCGAGCGGUCUUUGGGUGGAAGCAUACAUUUUGGCCGAGUGAAUAUGAAACCUGGCAAGCCGACAACCUUUGCAACGGUGCCAGCCAAGAAUAACGCUGGCGAGAGGGUAUCCAAGGUCAUCUUUUCACUACCUGGUAAUCCGGCCUCGGCGUUGGUGACAUUCCACCUCUUCGUUCUUCCGUCAUUACACCAAAUGUCCGGAGUAUCGCCUACAGGACUGCCUAAGAUUCCAGUAUCUCUCGGUCAUGACUUCAAGUUGGAUCCUGGAAGACCUGAGUACCACCGAGCCAUUGUGACUGUCAAGCACCGUGGGGAUAUCGAGCUGCACAACGAUAAGAAUCUCGCUCCUUAUGUUUAUUCUCCAUACUUGGCAGAGACGAUACCAGAUCUCCUUGGAAACAGCGCAUGGUUUAAGGACGGCAAGCGUGACAAAGGGCCCCUGAUCGUCUUUCCCCGGAGGCUCGAACAGACAAACUGGGCCAACCUCAGAGCCUCGGCCCCGUUCGCUAGUCGGGGAAUGUGGGAGAAUGAAACACUGGAGGCGAUGACGCUGAAGCUCGCCCAUGAGACAUUGGACAUUGAGAUGGGCAUGACGAAAGAGGAAUUGGAAGCCGUGUCCCAGUUUCUCGUCCCUGGCGUAACAACGCAGACCAUCUUGGAUCUCUGGGAAGCAAACUUUGAGGAAAGAGGAAUGCCUUACCCAGUGUUUAGUGAUGCCUGUCGCGCUAUGCGGCUGAAGAAAGAAGUGUCUCAUAUCUUGGAUGCCAGCGCUUAUCGUCUUAACGUGGAUGAGACCCCGUAA